AUGGACGUCACCAUGGUAGGCCUGCAAAAUGCGGGCAAAACGUCGCUGCUGAGAGUGCUUUCGGGCGGAGAGUUCACCAUCGAGCGGCCAGCCCCGUUUUCGGGGAUGUGGGAACGGUAUUGUCGCGGCGUCAAUGCUAUUGUCUUUAUCGUGGAUAUGGCGGACCCAAAGGUUCUAUCAGUCGCUCGCGAAGAGCUCCAUUCCCUCAUGGCUCAACCUUCGCUCCGAGGGAUCCCGCUGCUGGUUCUCGGCAAUAAAUCGGAUCUCCCCAAUAGGUUAACGGUUGAUGAGCUGAUCGACGAGCUCGACUUGGCGGAGAUCGGCCACCGUGAGGUAUCCUGCUACGGCAUCAGCGCGAAAGAGGAGACGAAUCUCGACGCAGUACUAGAGUGGCUCAUGAAGUGGGCUAACAAAUGA